AAAAAAAAAAAAAAAAGAAAAACCAAUUACAACAACCACAAUGCCAUCACCCCCAGUCUACCCCGUCCUCCCCCGCGCCGACAUCCUAGCCCAACUCCCACCCGAAUAUCCCACCGACGCACAAGACCAAAUCACAAACUUCCUCUCAACAUUCUCCCAAAACCGCCUCGUCGUUCUCGACGACGACCCAACCGGAACCCAAACCUGCCACGACAUCUCCGUCCUCGCCGUCUGGGACAUCAACACCCUCGUCGAAGAAUUCCAGCGCUCCUCCCGGGGUUUCUUCAUCCUAACUAACUCCCGCGCGCUUCCGCCCACAGAAGCAGAAAAUAUAAUCUACGAGAUCUGUCAGACUGUAGCGCAAGCUGCUAAAGCAACCGAACAAAGUGUCGACAUCGUCCUCCGCAGCGAUAGCACGCUACGGGGCCACUUCCCGCUCGAGGCGGACGUUGCACAGACUGUAUUCGGGGAGGCGGAUGCGUGGGUCCUAGCGCCGUUUUUCUAUCAGGGAGGACGGUUCACGAUAAGCGAUGUGCAUUAUGUUGCGGAGGGGGAGAGGCUGGUUCCUGCUGGAGGGACGCAGUUUGCGAAAGAUGCGAUGUUUGGGUAUGAGAGUUCGAACUUGAGGGAUUAUGUUAUGGAGAAGGCGCCGGGGCGGUUUAAGUCGGAGCAGCUGCAUUCUGUUUCUAUUGGGGAUAUAAGGAAUGGAGGGCCGGAGGGGGUUUGUGAGAAACUUUUCGGGAUCUCUGGGGGAGGAGUGGUUAUUGUUAAUGCGGCUGCGGAGUCGGAUAUGCAUGUUUUUGUGGCUGGGUUGUUGCUAGCCGAAGCAAAGGGAAAGCAUUUCCUCUACCGCACAGGCGCGGCGUUCGUAUCCUCCCGCCUGGGAAUCCGUGCCAAGGCCCCCAUUACAGCAAGCGAACUACACCUCCCCUCGCCCAGACGGACAGGUGGACUGAUACUCGUCGGCUCCUACGUCCCCAAGACAACCACGCAGGUGGACACAUUGAUAAACCGCAGCAAGGAGAACAACAAGGACUUAGCCAUCAUCGAGAUCAAGGUGGAAGAGCUUCUUGAAUCGCAUGAAUCCGCCCUCCGCACGAUCCAAAACAUCGUCAAAGAGACUGAACAAUAUCUCCAAUCCGGAAAAGAUACAUUGGUCAUGACGAGCCGGAAGCUUGUAACUGGCGACGACAAACUCUCUUCGCUGGCCAUCGGCACGACUGUCGCGGAAGCAGUCGUGAGAGUCCUGCAGGGAAUUGAAGUACGGCCGCGGUAUAUUAUCGCAAAGGGCGGAAUCACCUCAUCCGACGCCGCUACCAAGGGCCUUAAUAUCAAACGUGCGCUGGUUGUUGGACAGGCUGCGCCGGGUGUACCGCUUUGGCGAUGCGAUGAGCGUUCGUCUAGACACCGAGGUUCUCCGUUUGUGGUCUUUCCGGGGAAUGUGGGCAGUGAGUCGACGUUGUAUGAGUUGAUGGAGGCGUGGCGUUAGGGCUUUUGCCUUGAUGUACGUUUAUAGUGAGAAUAAUUACUGCUUCUAUACAAGAUAGUCAAUGUAGAGAUCUGU